CGCCCGCCAAUGGGAAUGCCGGAGCCCGGGCCCUUAAGCACUGCCUCUUCGUGUCAUCAAAACAAGCCCGCGAGGCCGGCUCCGCGUUGACGGUGACAUGGCGCUCCUCGCGCUCGCGCUGCGCACCGCGGCGGCCCCAAGGUCUCGGCUGCUGCGUCUCGCUGCGGGGUCCCCGGCGCGGAGGCACGCGGCGCACUUCGCCUUCCAGCCGGACCCGGAACCCACCCAGUAUGGCCAGACACAGAAAAUGAACCUUUUCCAGUCUAUAACAAGUGCCUUGGAUAAUGCCUUAUCCAGAGAUCCAACUGCAGUAAUAUUUGGUGAAGAUGUAUCCUUUGGUGGAGUCUUCAGGUGCACUGUUGGCUUGAGAGACAAGUACGGUAAAGACAGAGUGUUUAAUACUCCAUUGUGUGAACAAGGAAUAGUAGGAUUUGGCAUUGGAGUUGCAGUCACUGGUGCUACAGCCAUUGCAGAAAUCCAGUUUGCUGACUAUAUUUUCCCUGCUUUUGAUCAGAUUGUUAAUGAGGCGGCGAAGUAUCGGUAUCGCUCUGGAGAUCUCUUUAACUGUGGCAGCCUCACAAUUAGAGCUCCUUGGGGUUGUGUGGGUCAUGGCGCACUAUAUCACUCCCAGUGCCCAGAAGCCUUUUUUGCUCAUUGCCCAGGACUAAAGAUUGUUGUUCCAAGAGGUCCAGUUGAAGCAAAAGGACUAUUGUUAUCAUGUAUAGAAGAUAAAAACCCUUGUAUAUUCUUUGAACCGAAAAUACUGUACCGAGCAGCAGUGGAGCAAGUCCCUGUGGAGCCAUACUACAUUCCACUUUCUCAAGCAGAAGUACUUCAAGAGGGAAGUGAUGUUACACUGGUGGCUUGGGGUACUCAGGUUCAUGUCAUCAAAGAGGUAGCACUUAUGGCUCAAGAAAAGCUUGGUGUGUCCUGUGAAGUAAUUGAUCUGAAGACUAUUCUGCCUUGGGAUACAGAGACUAUAUGCAAAUCAGUGGCAAAGACUGGACGGCUGCUGAUCAGUCAUGAAGCUCCUAUUACAGGAGGUUUUGCAUCAGAAAUUAGUUCCACAGUUCAGGAAGAGUGUUUCUUGAAUCUGGAGGCUCCUAUUUCAAGAGUAUGUGGUUAUGACACUCCAUUUCCUCACAUCUUUGAGCCAUUCUAUAUCCCAGACAAAUGGAAAUGUUAUGAUGCCCUUCGGAAAAUGAUCAACUAUUAAUCGUGUAGGUAAGAGGAUCAAGAAGAGAAUACAGUUGAUGUCAACAGGCCUAUUAGCAUUAAAGUGGGAUUUAUUUUUUAUGGAGAAGAACUAUGUGUGAUUAUUUUCUUAAAUGUUAUUAUUUUGGAUAUUUGUUUUACCUUUUUAUCAAAAGCUCAAAAUUUUUGCCAGCUGUGGAAUCAAGAAUGAGCAGGCGAUUACUGUUGUGAUUCUCUUUCCCCUGACACCUUUUCACAAUAAUGAGACUGUUAACAUAUUUUGCCAUAUAAAGUCUUGGGUUAUACUCAAUAAACAUACUGUAAUGAG